GCACCAAGAAUUGUCAUGGAUUGUCGUAACUGUUUUCAACACAGUCGUAAGUAAACGCACAAAGAUUUGUCGUAACUGACAGAAUCGUAAGUCAACACAAGGAUCGGUAUAACAUAACAUGAUUUGCAAUCAACAGAACCUAAACGUAGUCGUCGAGGAUAAGAUACUCUCGAUCUAUCUGUCAAACAGAUCAGUGUGAAACUUGUUGCUUGAAAGUCGAUCACAAUGGAACGGUACGAUAUCUUGAUCCAGGAGAUUGAAGGCAUCGACGAUUAUCUGGGCCCAACAUUCCGGGCGAUUUACGAUGGCCACGAGCAUCAGAAAUUUAUGGAGAAGCUUGACAACCGUAUUAAGGCUCACGAUAAGGACAUCGAGAGGAUGUGCAAUCAUCAUUAUCAGGGAUUUAUCGAUUCUGUUCGGGAGCUCUUACAAGUUCGGUCACAGGCGCAACAAUUAAAUACAGAGAUAUUGGAGCUUGAUAAAUGUAUCACUGCUACGUGUACCAAAGUGAUUGAGAAAGGCGAAGAACUUGUAAAAGCUCGUAAAAUUGAGAGCAACAUGGCUGCUGCUGUAGACAGUCUCACUAUGUGCCUUCCUGUCUUGGCUGCAUAUGCAAAGUUGCAAAAACAAUUAAAAGAUAAACGUUACUAUCCAGCCUUGAAAACGCUGGAGCAAUUGGAGCAUCAUGAUCUACCGAAAGUUACGAAUUAUAGGUUUUCUUCUCAAAUUACUCAACAAAUUCCACAAUUGCGUGAGAAUAUAAAAGAUGCAUCUAUGUCUGAUUUAACAGAUUUUCUGGAAAGUGUUAGAAAGCAUUCACCAAUGAUCGGAGAAGUUGCAAUGAGACAUACAGCUCAACAGUUAGCGAUUGAGGCAGAAAUUAUAGGAAGAAAAAAAAAGAGAACUUACGGAAAUCAGUCAAAUGAGACCGAGGAGGAACUGAGUGCUCAAGAUUUAAUGGAUUUCAGUCCUGUAUAUCGAUGUAUGCAUAUCUAUACUGUGCUCAGGGAAGGAGAAACUUUUAAACAAUAUUAUAGGCAACAAAGAAAAGAGCAAGCUAGGCUAGUUUUGAAGCCACCUAAUAUGCACGAGAGUAUAGUCGAAUAUCAGACUUAUUUACACGGUAUCAUUGGUUUCUUUGUGGUAGAGGAUCAUAUAUUGAAUACAGCUAACGAAUUAGCUACUCGCUCAUAUUUGGACAAGCUUUGGACCAAGGCUUUGUCUACCAUAGUGGAAACUUUGCACACGCAUUCGGCAUGUUGCACAGACGCGACACUUAUAUUAAAAAUAAAAAAUCUUAUUAUGUUAUUCAAUACUACUUUAAGGGACUACGGCUAUUCCGUAGAGCAAUUGUGGGAUUUGUUAAAAGAUAUUCGAGUACAUUAUAAUGAAGUGUUGAUGAAACAUUGGGUUCCAGUGUUCAGGGAUAUUUUGGACGAAGAUAGUUUCUUGCCAAUUCAGGUUACAACGCAAGCAGAAUAUGACGAAGUUUUGAAUCUAUUUCCUUAUCAUGACGAUGAAUUGCAAAAGGCCGAGUUUCCGAAAAAAUUUCCAUUUUCUGAUAUGGUACCCAAGGUGUACCAGCAAGUGAAAGAAUUCAUCUAUGCUUGCUUAAAGUUUUCAGAGAAUUUGAACUUCACGCAAACGGAAAUUGAUGAAAUGAUAUGCAAGUCAACAAAUUUGUUUUUAACAACAACUUUCAGUGGAUGCUUAUCAUCGUUGUUUCGCAAACCAUCCUUAGCACUUUUACAAGUAGUACAAAUUAUUAUAAAUACGGGAUAUCUCGAGAAAUCUACAAAGUAUUUAGAAGAAUUUGUAACUAAUAUUACUGGCACACCGCAUCAAGGUCAAUUAAGUAGUAUGGAUGUGGAAUCUGCUAUGUUUCGAGUUGCGCGUGAGGAUGCUGAAAAACAAAUUUGCGAUAAACUUAAAAAUAAACUGGAUGAAUUUUUAGAAUUAGAGAAUUACGAUUGGAACUUGACGGAACCUCAAGGACAUGCCUCAGGAUUCAUUACGGAUCUUAUUGCGUUUUUACAGAGCACUUUCACAUGUUUCACCAAUUUACCAGAUAAAGUAGCCCAAGUAGCAUGCAAAUCUGCGUGUUCUCACAUUGCUAAAUCCAUAUUAGGUAUAUUAAUUAGUGAAGAUGUGAAACAGAUAUCUAUGGGUGCAUUGCAGCAAGUCAAUUUGGAUACAAUACAGUGCGAACAAUUUGCUGCUUCUGAACCAGUCGUCGGUUUACCAGAAGGAACUUUGUUGCAGUACUUUUCGGAAUUGCGACAGUUACUAGAUUUAUUUAUGAGUUGGGAUUGGCCUACUUAUUUUCACGACUAUGGUCAUGAUUCUAGUAAAUAUGAUUUAGUAACUCCCAAUAUGGCUGUGCUUCUGCUGGAAAAAUUGAAAGAAUCUGAUAAGAAAACGGUAUUCUCUGUGUUAAAAAAAAGCGAAAGAGACAAAAAGAAAUUGCUUGAAACUGUAUUAAAACAAUUACGUCAAUUAGCACAGACUACUCAGCAACAAUAGAAGUUGAAAUCAAUCAUAUGUUUACAGGAAUCCCAGAAUAUUUGAUAUAUAUUUGAAUAUAAUGCUCGUGUGCAAAUACAGCGAAUUAAACUGAUUGUGAGUCAAAAAGAGUCUUCUAUUAUCUUUCAAAAUUUUUGCAGUAGUUAACGGGAUAUUAAUUUCUAAAAAUCGCCUAAUGAGCGCGUAUCGGUGAUCGACCAAAUACCAAUCACGCUCAUCGAUCGUAGUUAGACACAGGAGUUUACUACA